CACAGGGCGCGAUCGAGGAGCCCGCGGCGGCCGAGGCAGGGGGGACUCCCGGCCCCGUCAGGUGCUGGCUGUUCGGCUCCUCGCCGUGCGGCUUGUGUGCUCCGCAGGAAGCUGAACUCUGAGGCUGACCACAGCCAAGGCAUGUAUUUUGUGGUGCUUAACUUGGAAGUCUUCUAAAGUUUCCUUCUCAUGGGCUGAGUAUGUGCAGUUUGUUUCCGUGUUAUCGGAGCACACAGGUAGUGAACAGAAAGUGGAGGAUUCUGGCACUUACAACAUACCACACUUGAUAUGACGACCGCGAGCACCAAAUGAUUUUCUUCGACUGUGCACCUGGAGCAGGAAGAGGGAGAGGCCUCUAACCACAAUGGCAUCUUUUACUACACAUGUCAGGCUGUAGAAUGCUCCUGGAGAGAUUGUGCAUCGUCAUACGUUGGUCCCAAUUCACAAAGUGUUUGUCACUCGCGGGCAAAGAAGCCAAGAAGAAAGCACCCUGUCCUGGACUUGGCUUGUUUUAUACGUUAUUGUCCGCCUUCCUUUUCUCAGUGGCCUCUUUAUUUGUUAAAAAAGUGCAAGACGUCCAUGCUGUAGAAAUUAGUGCAUUCCGAUGUGUGUUCCAAAUGCUAGUCAUUAUUCCUUGCUUAAUAUACAGAAAAACUGGAUUUAUAGGCCCCAAAGGUCAACGAAUUUUCCUCUUCCUCAGAGGAGUCCUGGGUUCUACGGCCAUGAUCCUACUGUACUACGCUUUCCAGGCAACAUCCCUUGCCGACGCCACCGUCAUCACGUUUAGCUCGCCUGUGUUCACGUCUAUCUUCGCUUGCAUAUUUCUCAAGGAGAAAUACAGCCUUUGGGAUGCCCUGUUCACUGUCUUCACCAUCACCGGCGUGAUCCUUAUCGUGAGGCCCCCGUUUCUGUUUGGCGCCAGCGCUGUGGGAAGGGGCGACAGCUACUCCCUUCACUUAAAGGGCACGAUCGCAGCGGUCACGCACGCUGUCUUCGCCGCCCUGACUCUGGUCAUCCUCAGAAAGAUGGGGAAGUCCGUGGACUACUUCCUGAGCAUCUGGUAUUACGUCAUCCUCGGCCUCCUGGAGAGCAUCAUCGUCCUCUUCAUCAUCGGGGAGUGGAGUCUGCCUUACUGCGGGUUGGACAGGCUGUUUCUCAUACUCAUCGGCCUGUUUGGUUUGGGGGGUCAAGUGUUUCUCACGAAAGCCAUCCAAAUAGAAAAAGCAGGGCCAGUGGCAAUAAUGAAGACUAUGGAUGUGGUCUUCGCUUUCAUCUUCCAGAUUAUUUUCUUUAAUGAUGUGCCCACGUGGUGGACGGUGGGCGGGGCCCUGUGCGUCAUAGCCAGUAGCACGGGCGCGGCCGUGCGGAAAUGGUGCCAGGGCUCCAAAUGAGGCUUUGUUGCCAAGCAAACGGUUUCCCCCCCCUCGCCAAGUGCAGACACGUCACACGUGCACACACCUGGAAAAUCUGCGUUUCCUUCACUGAUUAUACUUAAUAAAUUUCAUAAUUAAAGUACCAUUUUUGAAUAUGGUAUGUCUUUAAUUAGCUAAGAAUUUAGCCAGAGUGGUCUAGCAAUUUUUUUUCUCAAUUGUUUUGGUUUCGGUUUCGGUUUGGGUUUUUUGUUGUUGGGGUGGCAUUGGUAAGAGGACAGAUAAUCAGUUGAAAAAAACACUGCAAAAAGUUCUGUGGUAUAAAUAUAUGUAAUUUUUUGAAGUGUAUUUUUGGUACUGAUGGGAUAUAGGUGGGUAAGAAAUUUUAGAUGCUCUCUUAGCAGUGUAGAGGCUAAGAAAGAAACUUACUGAUUAUAAUGCUGCUAUAAUUGGUAUUAUGUUGGAAAUUCAUAUGAAACCUAAUUCCAUUUAGGAGGCCAAAGCUGAAACUUGGAAAAGGUGCCUACUUAAUGGUGUUAAUAAUACAAAUAGAUUAGCCUUAUUUUCAAGGCUUCUGUAAAUGAUUAUCAGUCUUUUAAUCCAUAUGAGUGCCUUUUCAUUUUGAUGCCAGAAUUUUUAUAUAUAAACUUUAAGAAAAAAGGUUUUUGAUCACCAGGUUUGGCUAGUUUUGUUUUAGUGGCAUUCACGACUGUAGCUAUCAUUCUAUAAUUUUAAGUUAUCCUCUGUUUUUUUGAAACUGCACUACAUUUUUCUUAACUUUCUAAGAUUUCAGGUCUUUAAACCACAAGAGAGAAAUCUUGGCAUAACCAAUGUGCACAUUUCAAUGCUGAAGUAUUUUCCCCUCACUAGAAAUGUGAUUUUCUAUAAAUUCUCUUUGAAUUUAUAGUGUGAUGCCAAAUAAAAUUUUCUCAGGAUUUUAUUAGGUUGAACCAUAUGAAAUUGCUGAAAUUUUACCUUUUUAACUUACAAAAACCAUAGUUUCUUAUGGUUCACCCUAAUAGAUACCUCCCUUAUCCUCUCUACACCAAAUAUUUAGAAGACUGUGGCAUAUAUUUUUUUAAAACAACUUUUUAAAAUACAGUAAUCCUAUUAAACUAAUUUUUAUAGUCCUUUUCCCUUAUGGAAUUAUAUGUAAUAAUGCUUCACGUUACUUGUUAAAUGUAAAGACAUGAAUCCAUGGUUGAUUGACUUUUGUAGUUUCUUGAACAGAAAAAAAAAAUCACUGUUAAAUUCUAGUAUAUCAGUAUGGUAUUAAAUGUCAGUGCUGCACCAUGAUACUAACUUCAUGAAUUCAAAUAUUUUUUAUCUGGAACUUCAUCAGGCCAAUACUCUGCAGUUAAAGAGAGAAUGUAUUAUUUAGGAAGGCUGGGGAGGUUAAUCAGAAAGUAGAGUACACGCAAAUGAUUCUUUAUCACAAUGAACCCUUUAUUGGUGAAGCUAUGAUAUUUUCCAACUCUUACUGUCCGACCUAGCAUCUGUUAUUAUCUUAAGCCUGCAGAUUUGAAAGAUUAUAGGCUCUUUUUCUCUCUUUCAUCAUAAUUCUUCCAAAGAAAGAAAGAACUUGGCUUCUGAGGUUUAUGCCUUGGUGAGAAAGGAUCUUUUCCAAUAGUUCCAAGAGGAAAUUUUUAGCUUGCUGAUCUUCCCAAAUGCUUCCCACCUGACAAAUCCUAAAUGAAGUCUACUUAGGGGAGUCACACUAUCAUUAUAACUUUAGCCUAAUCCACAACUUUUGGAAUUUAGAAUUGCAGAAGCAUCAUUUUGCAAGGAUCUUAAAUAGUUACAGAAUCAAAGCAUUUUAGAGCUCAAAGAUUAGAAAUCCUCUUGUAGGAGCCACGCUGCACAGAUAGAGAUGCUGGGGAAGGGAUCUGCCCAAGAUGGGUUUCCAUGGCCUUCUCCUUUCCCUUAUUUCCAUGAUAAAGUAUGGAAAGUAAACCACUGCUUAAGCUACCUAAGGUAAAUUAACUCAGGGAACCCUCUCCUGGUUCUUUACCUUGCACAAUAAAAGAACCUAUGGGACUUUGAGAGUUUAAUCGCUUUGGGCCUGUACACUAGAGACAUGUUUUAUUUCAGUAGUGUGUGGUUUAAGUACUCGAAUGUCACAAUAUAUGACCAAGGUUGGAAAAAAUGUUUCUUCUCUCAACUUUUACAGGGUGUCAUUCUUAAACACUUUUAUAAUGUCCAAGGUGUGUACAAGGAUGUGUAUUGUAACAAUUAUGGGUGUGUAUAUUUUGCAAAGAUUGUAGUUUCUAUAUCUUGAAAAUAUUUUCAUAAAUUGUUUUUAUUUUAUAAAUACUAAUAAAGUUAAUAUGAAA